AUGGACUCACUCAAAAUUGCCAGUUUGGAGAAUCUCCUCCGACUCCCUGGUGCUGUUCCAGCAUACACGGUAGUUCCAGAUGCUUCUGUGUUGUCGUGUGGCUGUUUGGUUUCGGAGGCCCAGUAUUCUGUAGGUGAUGGUACUUGUCCCACCUGUUCCCAGAAAUCCGUCAUUCUAAAACCAGUCACGCCACUACGGGACCUUUACAAGUUGAUUCAGCAGCUUUCGGCAGAGGUUAGUGUACGGCCACGUCGAAGACUGUCACUGAAACGGAGUGUUCGUGUCAACUCCGAGCUGAAACUACAAUCGUUCAACGAUUCAAUGGACUUAAUGGAAUUAUUCUGCAAAUACGCCAAAGACGACGCCAUCGAGGCAGUAGAACGGGUAGACAAACCAGACAAGUCUGAGAGGAUGGACAUUUCGCUGCUGCCAGUCGAAGGAAGGCUUGUCAGGCCAUCAGAACCGCUGUUGGUGUCUAUUUCCCCACAAGACCGGUUCAUUCCGCCAAUUGAACGCCAGCGCACGCUGAUGACCCACCAUAGUGGGCAUGAAGAACUGCUUUGGCCCAACGAUCAUCGCCUGUUACUGGUGCUCAUGGGUUUGAGCGAAAAGGAAGAGUACAAUUUCAGUCGAUGCUUUCCCUUCUACCGGAAAGUGUCAGCAUUUCAGACCCAGCAGAACAAAUUGCUGUUUUCACGAGGCUUGGUCAAGAAGAGCCCCAAGUUCGUGUGUUCUGCUAUCUCGACGCACUAUGAUCGGGGCUCCAAUAGCGAGAAGACAACAUUUGUUCUCGUUUCCGAGCGUAAGUGGGAGUUGUAUGAGUAUUCCAAUGGCAAGCCGGUUCUUGUUGCGUUUGGAAAGCUGACCGGUGAGUAUGGGGUACUGGCCAAUGAAAUGAAGCUUCCUGUGGAUGAUGGCAUUGUGAUUCGCAACGAAUUCACUGGUAAUGACAGACUGAAAGACGUAGAAGAUAUAAUUCCUCGUCUCAAGUCAUGGGUGCAGCUCUACUGCUGUCUCUCAGAGAAAUAUUUGGUAAUUUCUGGAACUACUGGGUUGAUUCGUGUAUUGAAUGUCGAUUCUGCCGUGGGUCCUAUCGGUGCCCCAGUGUAUACUUACUUGACCAACUUCCCAAUCAGGUGCAUCUCCAUUUCUCCCAACAACAAUCUCAUCGCAUGUGGAAUUACGGCUCGCGAGAGAAUCACUGGUAAACAACAACCGUUCAUAAUCGUUCACAAAAUUGAUACCGACGGGCUCGGCAAGGUUGUUGAAGUUACACCCAUCACUAUUACGGUGCCAUUCAGAGAUCCAUUGAAGAUCAUGAGUUUUAACGCCUCGUCCACUCACUUGCUCUGUUGCACUGUGUAUGAGAUGCGCUAUUUCAUUAUCAGACUACGUGGAGAUGCCACCCAAGACUACAAGAAGCCACGGCUCAUCUGGUCAGACAUGCGGGUCAAUAGAACCAGUCGAAAGAAACGAGAUGACGGAAGCCCCGAAACAGAGGAUAUUGAGGAGUCGCAGAUGAAUCCAGACGACCAGAUGCUUGACAACGAGGGUAUCACAGAUUUGAAGUUUGGCCUCCCAUUCUCCAAUACCGUGGUGGUCACUUCAUCAUCACUCAAGAACAGACCAGCUAUAGUGUUGAAACUCAAUGGACCAACUAUUGACUCGCGCAAGGUACUUCCACGAGUGCCAUCUGACGAAUUCUUUUACGACAUGGAGCUGCAUGUUAGUGCCACCACGGGCCACGAUGAUGAUGACGAUGAUUACUGUAAUAUUUCAGAUACCGAGGUGAUCAUGAAAGUUCCUGAGAUCGGACUGAAUAUCUACAAGACUGAGGUUUCUCCACGAGGUGAUGGUAUCGUUUUCGUGGACAAACUGGGCCGUCUUCUUUUGGUGUCUUCGCCCAACUUGCAAUUAAAGUUGGUGAGUCAACCCCAGACCAGAAAUAGAGUAGUGCUACUUGGCGAGUCGGCAGAUGCACUCCGGUUCAGCGAGGCCACAAGUGUUAAGUAUUCCAGUGAUGGAGGUAAAGUUUUCGCAGUGGACCGCAAAGGUUUAUUCCAGGUAUUUGAUUUCACAAAGGGAGUUCCUGGUGAAGAUCCAGACGUGAUCAAGUGCAAGAUUAUCAGCAUCUAG